AUGACGGAUCCUGUGCGCCGGGACCCGACCGAGUUCCUCCGCGUUCUUCGUCGCAUGUCUCGGACGACGUCGUGGCAGAAGACGAUGAUAUUCGCUAUGAAGGGCCGCAUGGUAGGCUACCGGCUGACACGAGAGCACUAUAACACUGUGCUCUUCUCACAGUCCUUGUGGGGUCGGGCGCUGGAGAUUGUGCGCGUGAUACGUUCGAUGCAGGAAGACAACGUGCAGCCCAACGGAGCGACGUACUACUACAUCGUGAACGGUAUGGCAAACGCCGACCAUGGAUGGAAUUACGAUUUGCGGAUAAAUCCUCAGUUGGAAAAGAUACAGCACUGGCGCGUCGCGCUGGAGGCGUUAGAGGCGUGUGAAGCUAAUGGAUUUGACUCCACCGACACAAUGCACAACUCUGCGCUUAUUACAAUGGUAAUUCCAGGCGUCAAUCGCCUGGGGGAGGCGAGUCAAUUGUUCCAAAAAAUGCUGCAAGAGAACCGGCAGCUGCACCCGACCAUGGUGAAGUUCUAUCACGACUGUCUCGUCCGCAACAUGCGACCGCGCGAGGCCAGCGAGCUCCUCCGCAUCGCCGCGGAGCGCGGUGUACAGGGCUACGAAGACAAGUGGGAGGCCGACGUGUUCAAAGUGCCUGCCAGACAGGAGCAGCAGCAGCAGCAGAGACGGAGCACCGCGUACACAUUUGCGACACUGCAGCUGCGCGGGGACCAAAGGAUCCUCCCAGAUGAGUUGCAGGCGAUGUUGGAGGAGGAGACAGUGCGCAACAUUGAGACGGAGCGUGCUGUGCCGAUCCCAUACUCCGCAGGUCUGCAUCCUAGCGAGAUGAACAGCGUCUUCCGGCCGCGUGUGUACCGGCAGCUCUGGUACAAGUGGCAGCACAUCGCCAACCGCUACCGUCCAACAACGGCGCUGAAACGCCGGCAGUUGGCGCCGCGGGACUCACCCACUGGUAUUCCUGGAUUUAACCGCCUGUGA